AUGGCGAUGCUAUUGAAGACAUUCGUGCUAACGGCGUACAAGGCGUUCCAAGACGGCUGCCUCUUCUACUACUUCCUGCAGGCCCUACAGGACGAGCUUCCCUGGGCCAAGUGCUUCACCUGGUGGGGUGCCAGUCCGCUGAACUGCGUAGACAGGAACGUCAAUCUAACGCACGAGUGUCACGCGCAGAAGAUGAAGCUGUACGAAAUGAGCGUGAAGCAGCCGUUCCCGUCCGACCCCAACGAAACCUUCUUCACGGUGUGCGGACACCACGUGCGCUUGCCGACCACCGAGUACUUGGCCCAGGUCUCGGACCAGUGCCGCGAGACACGGCACCACUCCGAGUACUCCUUCCUGAUCCGUUGCAGGUUCGGUGCGUUGAAGCUGACGAGAGGCAUUGACGAUCUCGGCGGCAUACGUUGGGAGCUGCUAGUGUGCUACAUCUUCGCCUGGUUUGUGAUCUUCGUCUGCACCGCCAAUGGAGUGGCUACCGUCGGCAAGAUCUCACCUAUUCUGGCCCUGCUUCAGCUGGGGCUCUUUGGCGCCGUGACAGCCAACGCACUCUUCCUUCCCCAUGCGCAGACGGCGAUCGUCGAGCUCAUAUACCCUCGCUGGAAGGCGCUGCUUGACAUCAAGACGUGGAGCGAUGCGACGUUUUCGGUGCUGACAGGGCUCGCCAUUGGUCACGGGCAGCUCCAGACUCUCGCGUCCUACAACGUCUUCGACACGUACUCGCUGCAGUGGGCCUUCCUGAUGCUGCCACUGGUUAUGACCCUGUCAAAUCUGCUGGGCUGUGCGCUGGUCUUCAGCGCGGGCGGGUUCUUGGCUCGACAUCUUGGAUUUUGCUUCCAGGACUUCGAGACGUAUCCAUUCGUGUUCCCGUUCGUCAUCUUCCCCGAGGUCGUCAAGUCAAUGUCCUUGCCCCGUCUCUGGUCGGGGAUAUUCUUCGCCGCUCUUUUCCUGGUGUCAGUUGAUGCAAUGAUCUUCAACGUGUGCACUGUGAUCGCGUGCGCCGAGGACCUUUUCCCACGUGUCCGCGCCAACAACAACAUCAACAAAGUGGCCUUCUUUGCGUGCAUUGGUAUGUUCGUGUCCGGCUUCCCGACGGUCACCCAGGGCGGCAGUUACAUCGUGAAGCUCCUCGAGGACCACACCAUCCACGCUGUCAUGAGCGAAUUCAUACCACUCACCGAGAUUGUGUUCGUCAUGUACUUAUACGUUUAUGCUGGGCCGACAGCCCAGCUACUAUAUGCAGACGUGCUGGACAAUCUUCUGCCCCCUGGUGAUGGCGGUGAGAUGCACUAA